AUGGAGGGCAUCGUCGCCCAGUUUGUGUCCCACAUCGCCACAUGCUUUGCCUCGCAAUCAGCACACAACCUCCUCCACUCCAUCCCCCUCGACCAAGCCCACCCCUUCUUCGCUCCCCUCAAGCAAGCUCUCGCAAACACUUCUCCCUCUCAUAUAUCACCUGCGAGCCUGGAGAGUUAUGUCAGCGCAGCGCCAACCGAUGUCAAGGACAAUGUUGCGGCUCUCAUCUCGGCCGUCUUGCGUUUCAUCAAGGGCUCUACUGCGCCAUCUGAAAGCGAGCGAGCAUAUGAAGACUUUGCGGCAUUCCAGCAAGCUUACAGCGAAGCAAACAAAAUCUACGGCACAUCCUCACCAGACGGCCCAUACCUCUACCCCUUUCUGAAUCCCCUCAUCCUCCAAUUCGCCCGACUCGUGGUUCACAGAUCCUCCACCGCCGCCUCCCUCUCUACAUACCCACUGCGGCACUCCAAAUCAGCUCGCUCUAUCCGGGAUGCUACGCGUCAAGUGAUCGAGCGGUCUAUACAGAUCGCGAGCUCUUCGAUGAGCGCGGAAGAGUGGGAGUCGGAGGCGGCGCAGGAGCAUUCCGUAGGCGACAUUAUCUGGCCUCUCGCCAAUAUCCUCUUUCGGAUAUAUGCUGAGCGUAAGCUUCACACCCAAUCCACCGAGCUCCAGAAAUCCCUGCACAACCUCUCCCCUGCAGAGGACAAACGCCUUGCCUCUCGUGGCUUUCUCAUAACGGCGACCGACAUUUGCCAGAGCUAUUACUGGCGGGGGAAGCUCGGGGUUGUGCUUUUGGAUAUGAGGGGAGCAGUGUUCUGGCUGAAUAAGGCUUGGAGGAUGUGCCCGGAAGAUGAUAUGAGCUGGAAGCAGAAGAGAUCUAUCCUGAUACGGUUGAUCCCUGUCAACCUCCUGCUUGGUCUUCUUCCCUCCACUGAGACACUUCAACAGUACGACCUGCCGCACUUUUACCCCUUGAUACAAGCCUUCAAAACGGGCAAUGUCCCAGUUUGGCGGCGGAUCUUGGACGAGCAGAGAGAGUGGUUCAGACGGAGGAGUAUAUGGCUGAUAUUGUAUGAGCGCGGAGAGAUGCUGGUCUGGCGCAACUUGUAUAGAUCUGCGUUGACAGCGUACUAUGACCUCGACCCCCAAGCGAGACCGAAUAGCCGAUGUCCGACGUGGGUCUUUACUGUAGCGGCUGCGCAAGUAUUUGAAGGUACCGGAGAAGUGGAGGACGGCACGAUCACCAUCGAAGAUACAAUUGUCAUCCUUGCAAGUCUUAUAGACCAAAGUUUGGUGCUGGGAAACUUGUCAUAUUCACACAAGCAAUUAGCAAUGAAAAGGUCAGAAGAUGGGAUGGGCGGAUUCCCAAAGAUAUCACUAGUCGUCCCUCGGCGGGUGGACGCUAUCGCAUAA